AGAGAUUCAUAAAACACAAACUAGGUUUCUUUCCACACACAGUCACACAAGGCGGCAGCUCCUUCUCCUCACUCAUUUUCCGUCUCGCUCUCUGUCAUUCAAGUUUCUCUUUCUUUUCGAAACACUUUCUCUUCCUCUUCUCAAUUUUUCACCCCUUUGCGCUUAUCCAUCUUUUUGUCCUUCAACAUAUUUUUGAUUGGGGUUGGAUCUGUUUGUUGCUCUUGGAUUGUCUAUCAAUAUUUUGGAGUUUGUUUUGUUUUUGAACACCAGACAUAGUUCGGAAUCUAUAAAUUUUGUGGAUCUGUUCGAAGGUUUUUGUUUUCAAUCUUAAAUCCGAUACAAAUCACCUGUCUAUCCGACGAACUGAAUCUGCCAUAACAGAACCCUCUAAAUGGACGGGAAUGGAUCGUAAAACUUCAACCGGGGGUGAUGCUCGGAAUCUAUAAUGCUUAAGACAAAAUUAAUCAAAACAUUCCCGCUUUUAUUAUUUUUCGCUUUUUCAGCUCCCAAUACAUAGAAACUACUUUACUGUGUAGCGCAUUUUAGGGUUUCUCUUUGGUUCAUUCUUAGGGUUUCAAUUUCAACAAUCACACACGAACAUGGAUACUUCAAAUCCUGCUGCGUUUGUCAAUGCCCAGUCUCUUCCCAAUUUCAUUGGAAAGAAAGUAAGAACAGUGGUUCAGGUGAAUCAUUCUGACGGCUUGACAAUCACAGGAAAAUCCACCGAUGACUCUCAGAUAACUGUAAAAGGAUUAUCAUCACAAGUCCCAGUCAUGAAUUAUGUAGAAGUUAUUGGCAUUGCUGAAAGUAACAACUCUAUCCAUGCUGAAAUUUUUACAGACUUUGGUGCCACAUUUGAUGUCAACUCUUACAAUCAGUUAUGCCAACUAGCAAAUGGUCAAUGCAAAAGUCUGUUUCUUUAAGGAUCUGGAAGAUUGAUGGAUCAGCUAGUGGAUGGAAUUGAGUUUCAGCUCUUAUGCUAAAAGAACCUGCAUACUUUUUAGCAUUUUAUGAUAGUACUAUAUAUGUAUAUGUUUAUUUUCUUGAGGAUCCGACAUGUAGACAUUUGCUUUGUUUGGACUGUUUUAUGUUUUUGAAGUCCCCUUAACUAUUUUUA